UCGCAUGUAAAACUACAAAUAUCAAGUGGAAACUGGAAAGAGGAAGGAAAAAACCUAACCAAGUUUCUUGAGGAACAGGGCAAAGCUUAAUUUGCAGAUUGUCUAAAGUAUAUUAAAUCGGAUCGAUAAUCAAAAGUAUCGAAGAUUCAAAUUGACAUUGAAGUUGUUGGAGAUCUGUGAAAGUUUAGAGAAGAUGGAUUUUGAGUUGAGAAGAGCGAGAGAGAAAUUGGAGAAAGAGCAAAAGGAUAGGAAAGAGAAGGCGAGGGCAAGAUUAGAUAGAGAGAGAAAGGCCAAACAAGAAGCUAAUCGUCAGCGUGAGGCGAUCGAGGCUUCUCAGAGAGCUCGUAGAAUCGAUGCCAUGGAAGCCCAACUUAAGGCAGAUCAACAGAUGGAAGAAAACAUACUUGUCGGAAGAGGAAUCUCUUUCAAUCGUGUUCUUGAAGCUGUACCAUUCGAAGGCUCCGGUGAUAAAAUCAAACUCCCACCUUCCUGUUUCAACGAUUUAUCCAGUGAAGGUGCUUUCGACAAAGGCCCCCUCCAUUUCCAACUUUCAGUACAUCACCAAAACAACUCUUCACCAUCAGAAACCAUAACAACCCAUGCUGGUGUCCUAGAAUUCACUGCAGAUGAAGGUACUGUUAUCAUCCCUCCUCACAUCUGGAACAACCUAUACUCCAAAAAAGACCCAAUUACCCCUCUAAUCGAAGUCAAAUACGUAUGGCUUCCAAAAGGAACAUACGCAAAGCUUCAAUCACAAGAACUCGGAUUCUCAGACAUACCCAAUCACAAAGCAGUCCUUGAAACAACCCUUCGCCAACACGCAACCCUUUCUCAAAACGACAUUUUAACAGUCAAACAUGGUGUGUUGACUUAUCAUCUCCAUGUCCUCGAGCUCAAACCUUCACCAAGUGUAUCCGUUCUUGAAACAGAUAUAGAAGUCGACAUCGUGGGUCCCGAUUCACUUCCCGAAAACAACACCCAACAUGUUUUAAAACAACUAACAUUUGGAAAACCCGAAUCAGGAAUCAUAAACGAAGGUGAUUACAUAUAUUACAAAUUCACAAUAAACGAUGAAACAUGGGGGAAAAUUUCAUCUGGGUAUGCUGAAAUUGAAGUGAAAUUAGAUUCAGAAGCGAAAGAUUGCGACACCGAUCUUUAUCUUUCGCGACACCCGCUUUUGUUCCCGAGUACACAUCAGCACGGUUGGUCUUCACAUGACAUGGGUUCAAAAAGUUUGGUUCUCGGGUCAAAAGAUCACAAUCUGGGUAUUGGUGGAUAUAGUGUAGGUGUAUAUGGGUUCAAGGGUACUACAAAAUACAAUGUUAUAGUAAGCAUUCAAGAUACUCCCACCACAAAUGUAAGUCAACAAGGUCAACAAAGUGUGUCUUCUUCUUCAUCAUUGGUGGAUACUGUGGAGUGUGGAAAUUGUAAGCAUUAUAUACCGUUGAGGACUAUAGGGCUUCAUGAGGCGUAUUGUAGAAGACAUAAUGUUGUUUGUAAGCAUGAUGGUUGUGGGGUUGUUCUUAGGGUUGAAGAGGUUAAGAAUCAUGUGCAUUGUGUGAAAUGUGGGUUGGCUUUUCAUUGUAGAGAGAUUGAAAAACAUAUGAAAGUGUUCCAUGAGCCUUUACUUUGUCCUUGUGGUAUCACCCUUGAAAAGACGCAAAUGGUGGAACAUCAGGCGUCGGAGUGCGCGCUACGUUUGGUGAUAUGUAGAUUUUGUGGGGAUAUGGUGGAAGCAGGGAAACUGGCGGUUGAUGCGCGGGACCGGUUAAAAGGACUUUCAGAGCACGAGAGUCAAUGUGGGUCCCGGACUGCCCCGUGUGAUUCUUGUGGUCGGGCGGUUAUGUUGAAAGAAAUGGAUAUUCAUCAAAUAGCGGUUCAUCAGAAGAAUUGAUCUUGGUUUAUGUGGUGUUUGUUAUUGAAAGUAUGAUUGUUUAUGAUAUCGGUUGAUUAAAGGGCCUGUUGGUUGUGUAAAUUGAUGGUAUUGUUUGUGGUAUUGGUGUAA